CAGUGAUCCUCACUGGUUCUCCAGAUUGUUCUAUUCUUGCAAUUGAUAUUGAAACAUGAUCUCCAGUUAGUUAUGGAUGGAUGUUCAUACAAUUAGGAAAUCAAGGAAAAUGGCACCACCAUAUAGAGUGAUGCUACACAAUGACAACUACAACAAGAGGGAAUAUGUUGUGCAAGUGUUGAUGAAGGUUAUACCUGGAAUGACAGUUGACAAUGCAGUUAAUAUCAUGCUCUUGACCUGGACACCACUCUAAAUUUUAACUAGAAUUGGUCGAGAUGCAGUUUUAUAUGUUGAGUCGCUCAUUGAGUCAAUCAUGGGAGGAUUGGAAGGGCUAAUCAACAUUCUUGAUUCUGAAGGAGCUUCUACCAGAAGUCAGCUGAAACUACAAAUGGCUUUUGAUGGGCAGGAAAGAUAUAUGAAGAGAUCUUGGGAGCUAAGUGAUAAAGCUGAUCUUCACUUUGUCUACAAAGAUGUUGAAGGAGUAUCAACUCAAUGGGAUGAUAUUCAAAGAAAACUCAGGAACUUACCUCCCAAACCCUCUGCCUUCAAACCCGAUCCCUUCACUCCUGUAGAAGACGAAGAUUCCAAACCUAAAACCAAAUCUCGGAUCGAUAACAAGACAGAAGAACUCAAAGAUUUAGAAGAUGAUCUUGAUGAUAGUUGUUUCCUCGAAGAAUACAAGUACCUUCAACUCCCUUAAUCCUAAUAUCAUUUUAUGAGGGUAUUAAAUUUCAUGUGAUAUUCUCAUGGUUUCAUUUUCUUUUGUGUUCUUGAAGCAGAAAGAGGUUAGCAGAGAUGAAGCAAACAAUGGAAGUUUGAACUCGGAAAGUUCGGGCAGCUAUGGUGGCCCGGGCAGCAUGUAUUUCAAUAUUGAUUGUGUGAAAGUCAUCUACUAAAGCAAGGUUGGUGUAAGAGUUAAUGAUGAGAACAUUGUUCCAAGACCUUCAGUGAGUUAUGAUGAUGUCCCUUAAUAGCAAUGUAGUAUUAGGUUAUAUAGUUACCGAUGAUUAUUUGUAUUUGACAUUUUAUGCAAUGAAUUAUCUUACUUAUUUAUUGUAUUUUAUUUUGUAUCUUGUAUGACAUUAAUUUUUGUGCAAUGGAUUGUAUUUUUUGUAUAUGGUGUUUUAUUUCUAUUAUGAGAAAUUAAAUGCAAAUUUAAUUUAAAAAUUAAUAAAUAUAUAAAUUUAUUUUUUUAAACAUUUAAAUUUACGAUACGCAAAAAUGUGUGUCAUCUUCAUUUAUGACAUGGCCUUUCUUGACAGGGGCUUUCUUGAUACGCAUUGCGUGUCAUUAACACGCGCGUCGUAAGGUUAUGACACGCGAACGCGUGUCGUCUUCCUUUAUGACAGGGCCUUCCUUGAUACGCAUUGCGUGUCGUAAACGCGCGUCGUCAUUGCGCGUCGUAAAUGAGCGUCGUAAA